AUAUCAUUUACAUUUUGUGAACAUAUACCAUUUCAAAUACACAUAUACAAUCCGUCCUUUCUCGGAACUUACAUACACUAUUACACCACCAUAGAUCUUUUUUUUUUCUUAUACACUAGAUUCUUUUACUUUUCAUCGCCCCACUUUUUGCACUGCGCCCAAUCGCCAAUUCACUCACAUCAAAAAAAAUUCUCCCCGAAUGAGUCACGACAACUCCCACUCGUCCCAAGUUAACAACUUAAGCGAACGCUUGAACAAUGUCGAUUUCACUUCGCCUGCCAAAAUCUUCCAAAACAAGCACGCUCUGCACCAAUUUGAAAACGUGACGCCGGAUAUAUCAGUGCCGGGCACUCCCGUGUUGCGUUACAAACAUAGUGGCUCCGAGGCUCCGUCUUCCAGUUAUCCUUCCCCUUCACUAGGCCCUCACACAUUACCGCCAAGCGCACAGCACACUCCGCCAUCUCUGUCACCUCACACGAGCGAUGACCAGAGCAGAAAACGGUACUCUUCCCCUCACUUUGCGCCGUCAUCCGGUGCUUCCACCCCGCAAUCUCUGUCUCGACCGCCAUCGGGAAGCCGAAAAGAUAUUAAACCCACCACCAGCAAAUCUUCCUCUAUUCCCAGUGCUCGCUCCUCCACCCCGUCCCAAUUUAUCUUCAAAAAACCCGAAUAUGACAAAAAUUAUCAUCAUACGCACUUUCACCAUCUCGAAAAGAAAGAUACCUUAUUACACGAUCUGAAGCGCUUCUUUAAGCCUGACAAAUCAAGAAAGAGCAAGAAGAGCGGCGAAGACACCGCCAGUGUACGAAGUACUUCCAGUCGUAUCAGUGAUUUAUCCUUUGCCAACGAAUUCAACAGGGAUUUGGAGGGCCGCUAUGGAAAAUGGGGUCGAUUUGUCGGAAAAGGUGCCGGUGGCUCGGUACGACUUAUCCGUCGUAGCACCGAUAACAAGACAUUUGCCGUCAAACAGUUCCGUAAACGGUUACCAAACGAAAAUGAGAAAGAGUAUGUGAAAAAGGUCACGGCCGAGUUCUGUAUUGGUUCGACACUGCAUAAUGAAAACGUCAUCGAGACAUUGGACAUUAUCCAGGAAGGAUCCUCUUUCUAUCAAAUCAUGGAGUUUGCGCCGAACGAUCUGUUCAACAUUGUCAUGAGCGGAAAAAUGACGCGCGAGGAAAUUGCGUGUUGUUGGCGACAAUUGCUCAAUGGCGUGGAGUAUCUCCAGUCGAUGGGUAUCGCACAUCGUGACUUGAAGUUGGAUAACAUGGUAUUGGAUGGUCGGGGCAUAGUGAAAUUAAUCGAUUUUGGCUGUGCCGUGGUCAUCAAGUACCCUUACGAGAAAGAUGUUCACAUGAGCAAGGGUAUCUGUGGAUCUGACCCUUACAUUGCCCCCGAACAGUAUACGCAGCCCGAAUACGAUGCGCGCAAAACCGACCUUUGGUCCUGUGCUAUCAUAUUCAUUUGUAUGACCAUUCGUCGUUUUCCCUGGCGAUUACCCCGUCCUCACCAAGAUCAGUCCUACAAAAACUUUGUCACGCCAUCAACCCAAGGAGCGAGCCGAUUAUUCAAGAUGCUGCCUCGCGAAUCAAGGCAUAUUAUUGAACGUAUAUUGCAACCUGAUCCGACCAAGCGUGCUUUCCUGGAAGAAGUAUUGGCCGAUAGUUGGGUAAAAAGCAUCGGCGUUUGCACACCGGUACGGGCUGUUACGGAUCAUCCUCAUCAUCUGCUGGUGGAACCCAAUCCCGAGGCCAUUGAAAAAUGUAAUAUCGUUCUCCUCGAACCUCCAUCCACGUCUUCGGAUGAUGGGUCCUCAGCAACCGAUAGCAAGAGAAAGAACCGUGCCAAGAAGGUGAAGGAGGCCGUUCAUCAUUAAAAUGCUAACUUUUCUUCCCCAUUUUUCACCCCACUCAACAAGCUUUUUUGACUUUUUUUUAUCAUUGUUUUUUUGUUUUUUUGUUUUAUUUA